CAACGGUGGAAAACCAGAGAUGACAAACACAGUCAAAACUGAUGCUGAGUUAUCUAACUUGAGCCCUGGUACAAACUACACAAUCACAAUUGUUGCCAUCGCCAGUGAUGGAAAAACAGAAGGAGACCCCUACACAUUCUCCUCAUUCACAAAACCUGCUGUGGUGAAUAAUCUCACUGAGACUGUGGUCACAACAUCAUCUGUGUCUCUGACCUGGACUGAACCGGAGGGCAACACAACCUCAUACAUAAUUCUGUGGAGCAAUAAUUCCGUGGAAGAGAAAGGCAUCACCAGUGAAACCAACUUUAUGAUCAAUGGUUUAAUCCCUGGAACCAAGUACAAUGUUACUGUGGCUGCAGUUGCUGGAGAUUCCUCAAACAUGGGAGAAGGAACCACAACACCAACUGUCACGAGGCCUGUGAAUCCUGAAAAUAUCACCGUCACAGCGCAAGGAACUAAUAAUAUGACCAUAAGAUGGACCUUACCUGAAGGGAGGGUGGAUCACUACAUAGUGAACAUCUCAAAUGGGAAUCUGCAAUUUUCAUAUAGCAAUACAACAACAAUCACCACAGCCCACUUUACCAGUUUACAUCCUGGGCGAGUCUUUGACAUCACAGUGACGGCUGUAGCUGGAAAGUUCAGCAAUACGUCUGACCAGUAUUCAUUUGCCACAGUUCCCAAGCCUCCUGGUUCCAUCACUAUCAGUCAGGUGACAAACACUUCGCUCUAUCUGCAAUGGGCGACUCCCACCCUGAUGGAGGGUGCUCCAGACAUCAGCUACCAUAUCACCUACCAGCCCAAGGGUGGUAAAUCACAAAAUGAAAGCAGCACAGUCAAUAACCAAACACUGUCCCUGUUGUCCUCUGGAACUGAAUACCAUAUAACUGUGAAAACAGUUGGGCCUCAAAAUUUUAUGAGUUCGGCUGUCAGUGACUCUGUGUACACUCUGCCCAACCCUGUGUUGAAUCUUGUAGCCAGCCCUAAUUCCACCACCUCAAUAAAAGUGAAAUGGUCAUUACCAUCGGAAGCCCAGCUGUACUACCGAUACAUUGUUCAAACCUACAGUGUUACAGGAACACUUGUUAACAAACAAAACAGCAUUAAUAAUACAAGCACUGAUGUACCUGAUCUGGAGCCAGGAACUAGAUACACUAUCAGUGUCACAACAAUGGCAGCAGAAGGAAUUACAUCCACAGCAGAACAGACCUUCAGUUACACAAUGCCCAAAGCAGUGACCAACCUCACAGUGACAGAUACAAAACCAACUGCCAUCCAGCUGACGUGGCUCAGACAAAGUGAUCAUAAGCCUUCCUACUCUUACCUGGUGAAAGCGCUCCUCGGCACCGAGGUGGUUCAGAAUAAUUCAGUGAAGAUGGAAAAUUAUACCUUCUUCAAUCUGAACCCUGGAACACCAUACAGUUUUGAGGUGUUCACAGUUGUAGAGGGAGUCAAGUCCACUGUGGAAAGCAUAUCAACCUACACAAAGCCUGAAGUAGUUUCUGACAUUGUUACUAUCGGAAGCACAACUAACAUGUCAGUGAGUUGGAAGCUUGCAUCAGGGCUGGUGGAUUCCUACACUGUCCUGCUCUACAGAGACUCACAGUUAGAGAAAAACAACACGGAUCUGAGCAACACUACUACAAACACAGUGUUUCAUGGCCUGAAACCAGGAGUGCUUUACUGCGUGGUGGUGAUCACCAAAAGUAGACCUUCUGAAAGUAAUAAUGCAAGUGAAAAAUGCAACGCAACUUUUCCCAACCCUCCUGGCCUCAUCAUGGUGGAGUCGCAGACUGUGAAGUCCAUCAACUUCACCUGGGCCUUUCCAGAGGACAUGGACCACUCUCAGUACAACUUCAGUGUAUCCACUGUCAACGGCUCUUUUAUAAUCCAAAACAACUGGUUCCUGCUAUCCAAGCUCCAAUCUGGAACCCCCUACCGUAUCUCUGUUGUUACUGUAGGUGUGCAGAAUUAUGAAAGCACAGCUGUGACAGCAGAAAACUACACCAGACCGUAUCCUGUAACUAUGCUGAGACAGACAGAAAUCACCACAAAUGCAGUGACUUUGGUGUGGGAGCAGCUGGAGAAAAAAUCUGACUACUCAUACCUGGUGCAGAUCACAAAUGGAUCUCUUUCUCAAAUCCCAACUACAACAUUCACAUUCACUGGACUUCUCUCUGGGAGCAACUACAGCUUCAUUGUCACUACACAAACAGUAGAUGGCACCCAAGCAGAUCCUGUGACAGUAUCCUACUUCACGCGGCCAUAUAAUGUUACGGAUUUGCAGGCUGAAACUUUGAACACAACUGCUAUACGUCUGGUUUGGAUGAAACCGCUAGAGUACAAGGUUGACUAUACAUAUCAGGUUAAGACAACUGUAUGUGGCAACAAAAGCAAAACCCUGGCAGAAGAAGGCACAGAGAUCUCAGAGCUCACCCCUGGCACCGCCUGCACCUUCUGUGUUUUUGUCAAGGCCAAGGAUGGCAUAGAAGGGAAAGCGUCCUGCAUCUCUCAGUACACCAGACCUGAGGCAGUGCAACCCAUUGUCUCCAGCCAGGGCUACAAUAGUUCAAUCCUGGUGUCAUGGACAAAUCCUCCUGGGAACGUGGAGUAUUAUAUGGUUUAUCUAGCUAGCACUUCCUCAGGUUUUCAGCAACAGCAAAUGAACUCUACCAAUAUGUCUGUGCUGUUUGAGAGCCUGUCAGCUGGAACGAACUAUACCGCCUGGGUGAUCUCACAUAGUGGACCCUUCAAUGUAUCAUCUGAAAAGGUCACUAAUGCUACCUUUCCAAACCCUCCUGGACCAAUUGAGAUCAUGAUGAAGACAACCGACUCCAUUACCAUUAAAUGGAUGGCUGCUCCUCUGAUGACCAAUGGAUCAUUUUACUACAAGCUGAAAAAUAUAUCACCCUUGGGAAGUGGAUAUAUCAUUACCACAAACAACAGCUAUACUUUUGCUUUCUUGGAUUCUGGGACUUCGUACAACAUCUCUGUGGUAACAGUUGGGGUGAUGGAUUUUAAGAGUGACAAGGUUCAGAGUCAGGCCACCACAAAGCCAUUCCGUGUGACGAAGCUUGAGGUUUCUACAAGCGAGAAGAGCAUUAUAGUCAAGUGGGAUGAACCGAAACAACACAAAACCAGCUAUAGUUACAAUUUGACCGUGCAAACAUCAGAUGGUUCAAUCAUUUACUACAAAAUUAAACAACAACCACAUAGUAUCAAGGACCUGGUUCCUGGCAGCCGCUACACAGUGAACGUCAUCACAGAGACCUCAGAUGGAACACAGAGUGAUUCAACCUCAAUUUCCAGUUGCACAAAUGCAAGCCCAACAAAAAUGUUCACAUAUGAAGCUCCAAACAAAAUAAAUGCAGAACUCAUCCUGUCCUGGAUAAAUCCUGAAGGCAGUUACACAGGCUUCAAGAUCACUGGAGACUACAUCCCUGAGGAAACCUUAACAAGGACCUGUAAUCCAAACUGUAGUCACACUAUCUCCGGGCUCAAACACUACUCGAUAUACAAUCUGAGUUUGAAAGUGCUGAGCUGUGGACUACCCAGCACUCCGGUGUCUCUCAGCUGCAAGACAGGCAUCACAAAUCCACCAAUUGCACAAAAGCAUGAGAAACUGGUAACAGUGACUAAGAAAACGUACAACAAGUUCUCCCUUCAGAUCAAUUCCACGCUCCUGAAUAACACGCAUGGUCCAAUCACUCAUGUUGGUGUUCUGGUGGCAAACAAUCUCCCUAAAGCUAACAGUUCUAAUCUGACGAUCUACUUGGGGAAAACGUACGAACAGUGGACUGAAAAGAGUACUCUUGUAUACCUGGCAACAGUGACAGACAACAGCCAAUCACGCAGUGGAGGAAAUGAUCUGAGCAUAGAAAUAGGAGGUGAAGAUGAAUAUGGCUCCUACACUAAUGGUAUCCUCAAGGCCACUGGAACAUACCAAUAUGCCAUUGUGUUGUUCACCAGUCUGAUUCUGGACAACGGCCUUGUGAACAUUCAGAAGUCACUGUUCUCAAUAACAUCUUUAUAUUCUGCUGUAGUCCUCCCACAGAACCCAGCCGUCAUUGGAUUUGCUGUCGGAACAACAUUGGGAAUUUUUUGCGUUCUCUUCGUCAUCCUCAUUGGCUUCAUUAUCUACUGGAAAAGGUUAUCCAACAAAGACUCGUCUGAUAUCCAGAUUCAUUCUAUGAGAAGUGUGGCAGUGAGGGUGGAGGACUACGAAGCUUACUACAAGAAGCAGAAAGCAGACUCCAACUGUGGCUUUGCAGAAGAGUUUGAGGACCUGAAGCUUGUUGGUACAGGUCAGUCAAAAACAAGCGCUCUGACUCUGGAGAACAAGCCCAAGAACCGCUACAACAACGUGCUUCCCUAUGACUCGUCUAGGGUGAAACUCUCUAUUAUCCAUGGGAGUCCAUAUGAUGACUACAUCAAUGCUAACUACAUGCCGGGUUACAACUCGAGGAAGGAGUUCAUUGCAGCUCAGGGUCCUUUGCCCACAACAGUCAGCGAUUUCUGGAGGAUGAUCUGGGAGAAGAAUGUUCAGACCCUGGUCAUGCUGACACGCUGCAAUGAACAGGGAAGAGUGAAAUGUGAGCAGUACUGGAAUUCUGGCAGCAGGCACUUUGAAAACAUCACUGUGAAAACGACCUCUGAAAUACCACUUGAAGACUGGACCAUCAGGGACUUUGACAUCAAAAAUAUGAAAACAGCCGAAACCCGCACAGUGCGCCAGUUCCACUUCACAGCGUGGCCAGACCACGGGGUACCUGAAACCACUGAGCUCCUCAUCAGCUUCAGACAUUUGGUCAGAGAGCACAUGGACCAAUACUCCAGACACUCUCCUACUGUGGUCCACUGCAGUGCUGGUGUGGGGCGUACAGGUACCUUCAUAGCCAUCGACCGUCUGAUAUUUCAGAUUGAAAGGGAAAAUAUUGUGGACGUGUAUGGCAUCGUCCAUGAUUUGCGCAUGCACCGGCCCCUCAUGGUGCAGACAGAGGACCAGUAUGUCUUCCUAAACCAAUGUUCAAUGGACAUCAUCAGAUCAAGAACUGGAACCAAUGUGGAUCUAAUCUACCAAAACACUGCUGCACUCUCCAUUUACGAGAACGUAGAACCCAAAAAAGGUUUCCAAAAAAAUGGAUACCACAACGCAUAGACCCAGGAAAUCACUUUCUUCUUUACUCUUAGCAAGAAACUGAGCAGAUUUGUAAAGGGAAUACUUUUAGCAGAUAUUGAGCUGUAUUUAUUUUUUUAUAGUCCACCAGUGUCGCUCUUAUUAAGGAUCUUUUAGCUGCCUACAUUUAAACUGUUUCCCCUGGUAUUUAUUUGUUAAAAAUGUUGAAUGCUAGAUAAUGGAGAGAACUGUAUAUGGGGAUAUAAUGAUCAGUGACCAAAAAUAUUUGGAUUACAUGUAAACUUUUGUCAAAUAGGAAAUUGGAUUAUUUGUUAUAUUGGCAUAUUUUUGUAUUGACUAGCUGUACUUUUUAAAUUUGUGGCUUGCUUACUACUGUAUAUGACUGCUCAGGUAUGUUGGAUGCUGUAUAGGUAUUAUAUACAACUUCAUUAAACCUUUGGAUUUGCCUUAUAAAUGUGCCUUUUCAAAACAUGUGUGCUUUAAUACCAGUAGGUGGCACUCUAUUUCAGUUUUUACAGCUGAGGCCAGAAAUGACUGUUAUAUUCAUGUUGUGUCACAAUCUAUCAUAUGAAAUUUUACUGUACAUCCAACAAAUAACUUUUUGACAACUUUGCACCUCUUAAGUUAAUUUGAACUGUGCAAUGCCUUUAGUGAAGGAGUUUUGUUUGUUGUAGAAUCUCUUUAUGUGUAUGCACUGUAGUGAAUAAUGCACUGGAUGCAUUUGUGUUUCUACUCUGUCCUCUUUUUGUCUGUUUUUUUUUGUAUCAGGAAUGUUUUGGCCAGUGCUUUGUGAAACAUUUUGUUAUUUACAACAAAUUUGAUUAAAGGAAACAAAUUUGGGUCACAUUAAACAAAAGUCAGGAACUUAAACAAUGAAAGCUGAAUGUUUAACAGGUCGGUAUGGUAAUGUAAAGAAAAAAAACUAUACCGCACCAGUGUGUCAUCUGAAGAAUUUAAAGAUCACAUCCGUUGUUUUGAUGUUCAUACCCUUUUUCUCUGCACUGUACAUUCCUCAUGAACAGAACAGUUAUGUCACUUCAUGCUGCAUAUAUUAUCUAUGGACAUUUGCUGUGAUGUUAAAAUAAUCAGAGAAGCACAAGCUUCUUUUUUUCUCUUUUGCUUCUUAAGGGCAAACAUUUUCCAUGGGGCAGGUACGUUUUAUACAGAAAAAAAUCAUUCAUGUGUGUGGUUAGCCUGUUGAUAUUUUAAAUCUAUGUUUUGUUUCUACUGUAUCAUAAUGUACUUAAAGAAUUAAUUAAAAGCACUUAUGUUUUUUGAUGAAAAGCAAGAACAGCAAAUAGUCACAAAGGAUGUGUAGGAUGUUUUUUGAAAUGCUUUAUGAGAUGCUUGCUGGUACAACGCAAAAUAUGUAAAAUGAGCAAGGAUUUAUUAUUUGUGUACUGUCAAACAAAAUGGGAUUAAAUAUGUUAUUACAUUUACACCCCCA